AACCCUAACCCCCUAUAUUAAGAAAAAGAAAAAUGAAAGAAAGAAAGAAAGAAAACCCUAAUCCAUGGAAAAAAUCGAAGAACCAUACCCUAACUGGCCCAAUCGAGCAUGGUGCCUCCUCUCCCAAGUCCGCGCCCGCACCCCCUUAAUCCAAUGCAUCACCAACUUCGUCUCCAUGGACCUCGUCGCCAACUCCCUCCUCGCCGCCGGCGCAUCUCCCGCCAUGGUCCACUCCCUCGACGAGAUCCCCGACUUCACUCCUCGCUCCGACGCCGUCUGCGUCAACAUCGGAACCCUCUCCGAUCAAUCGUGGGUUCUCGAUCCGGUGGCGGUGUCGGCGUCGGAGUUUCGGAUGAGGGCUUGUUUGGGGUUGCUGGAGUUGAGGCCGACUGUGAUUAGAGGGAAUGCGUCUGAGAUUUUGGGAUUGGCCGGUGCCCAAAGGAUUCAAAGCAGUAAAGGAGCCGAUAGUUCCCAUGAGUCUUUGGAUGCUAUGGAUGCUGCCAAGUCCUUGGCUUUGAAAACGGGGGCAAUAGUUGCAGUAUCUGGAGCUGUAGAUUUCAUUACUGAUGGAAGUCGAGCUGUGGGUGCACACAAUGGAGUGCCUAUGAUGCAGAAGAUAACUGCAACAGGAUGUACUGUUACCGCCCUCAUUGCUGCCUUUGUCGCGGUUGUGCCAUCUAAUGCUUUUGAAGCCGCCGCUUGUGCUUUGUCUAUCUUUGGGUUAGCUGGGGAACUGGGCAUGGACAUGGCAAGAGGACCGGCUUCGUUGAGAAUGCAUAUGAUUGAUUCGUUGUAUAGUCUCAAUGAGGAAACAGUAAUUUCACGAGUCAGGAUUGCUUCUUUGUGAUGGGUUCUUUCAGCAGGGCUAUAUUCUACAGAUUUGGUGAAGUACAGAUUUGCUUAAGUAUGAGACCUCCUGAGGAGAAUUUGCAUCUCGAAAAUUAUUGAUUACAGUUAAAAUAUUUACUGAAAGAUUUGAAAGCAAGCUUAAGACUUUCAUCAUGGCACAUUACCUUUCGGAAGAAAUUCUUUAAGCCAAAUGUGGUAUAUGAUAUGGCCUCUUUGUAAUGUAAAUUGUGACUAUAAAAAAACCUCUCUAAUUAUGGGGAAUGUUUCAUAAAAGGUAAAUAUUAUUUUUAACUGCCGUAUUUAAUUAAUUAAAAUUAAAAUC